CUCCAAGCCAGAUGUCCCGUUCUUGCGGACGAUACAGGUCUGUGUUGCGCGCACAUAGACAUAGACGCGUCAAAAAUGCUCAUGCUGGUGACAGUCAACUAUCUUAGUUCUAGCAUCUCUUGCUAGUUGUCGCCCUUUGAAGCAUUUUUCCCCAAAGGAAGAUGGCGGUGCAGGAAUCAGCUGCUCAACUCUCCAUGGCACUGAAAGUCCAAGAGUAUCCAACUUUAAAGGUGCCCUACGAGACGCUGAACAAGCGCUUCCGGGCCGCGCAGAAGAACAUCGACCGCGAGACGAGUCAUGUGACCAUGGCUGUGGCGGAGUUGGAGAAAACCUUGAGCAGCUUCCCGGUGGUGGACUCAGUGGUGUCCCUGUUGGAUGGCGUGGUGGAGAAGCUCAGCGCUCUCAAGAGGAAGGCGGCCGAGUCGAUUCAGGCGGAGGACGAGAGCGCCAAGCUGUGCAAGCGGCGCAUCGAGCACCUGAAGGAGCACAGCGGCGACCAGCCGGCGGCAGCCGGCGCCUGGAAGCGGAAGCGCAUGGACCGCAUGAUGGUGGAGCACCUGCUGCGCUGCGGCUACUACAACACCGCCGUCAAGCUGGCGCGGCAGAGCGGCAUCGAGGACCUGGUCAACAUUGAGAUGUUCCUCACUGCCAAAGAGGUGGAGGAGUCUCUGGAGCGACAGGAAACUGCUACUUGCCUUGCCUGGUGCCAUGACAACAAGUCCCGCCUCCGCAAAAUGAAGAGCUGUCUGGAGUUCAGUCUGCGUAUUCAGGAGUUCAUUGAGCUCAUCCGGCAGAACAAGCGGAUGGACGGCGUCAGGCAUGCUCGGAAGCACUUUAGCCAAGCGGAGGGCGGGCAGUUGGAUGAGGUGCGGCAGGCGAUGGGGAUGUUAGCGUUCCCUUCAGACACUCACAUCUCCCCCUACAAGGACCUCCUGGACCCGGCGCGGUGGAAGAUGCUGAUCCAGCAGUUUAGGUACGACAACUACAGGCUGCACCAGCUGGGGAACAACUCGGUCUUCACCAUCACGCUCCAGGCUGGGCUGUCCGCUAUAAAAACCCCCCAAUGCUACAAGGAGGAUGGCACUUCCAAGAAUGCAGACUGUCCCGUGUGCAGCAAGUCACUGAACAAGCUGGCCCAGCCCCUGCCCAUGGCCCACUGCGCCAAUUCCCGACUGGUCUGCAAGAUCUCGGGAGAGGUGAUGAACGAGAACAACCCGCCCAUGAUGCUGCCCAACGGCUACGUGUACGGGUACAAUUCUCUGCUCUCCAUCCGUCAAGACGACAAGAUAACCUGUCCCAGAACCAAAGAGGUGUUCAGCUUCUCCCAGGCCGAGAAGGUGUACAUCAUGUGAGGCCGGAGGUGUGUGGGGAGGCGCGGCCCAGAGUUUGAUGGCCAGCUAACCCGAGGCCUCGAGAGCUGUACACCGAUGCCGUUAUUCCCUGUGACCAAAUCCCAACACGCACACGCCUCCGCCCUACUUACCCUCUGCCCACCUCCACCUUUCUCCCUUUGAAAAUGGUCCACCUCCAGCCUGUCCCUCUGAGAAUGCCCACUUUCACCACUAUCCCUCUAAAAAUACCCCAAAACUCCAUUCUAUCCUUCUGCUCAUACCCUACCUCUUUGCAGUUACCACAACCUUUACCUUCUCCUUCUGCAAAUGCCCCCAAAACCCUACCCUGUUCCUUCUGCUGACAAGCCAAACUUCACCCUUCUCCUGCUGCAACACCCCACCCACCGCUCUGCAUUUACCCUCAGUGCCACCAUCUUUCACAGUAAGUGCCCAUUGUCUGGUUUCAAAGUGUAAAAUGGGCUAUACCCCGCUUAUACCUACCUCCCGGUGCAACUACCCCACUUCCAUCCAUAGUUGCUAUAAUGACAAAUAAGACCUGGAAGAUGGAGACAUGGAGCAAGUGGAAACUGUGGGGAUUUUGAUUGACACACUGAACGUUGGUUCAUAUAGCAUAAAGUGGUGGCACUGAAGCACAGUAAUCAUUGUGCUACAUGUGACAGGGCUCUGAUUUCGCAUUUCAGAGCAAUUUUGCCUUUUUAAUCUUGAAGUAGGUCAGUCCCUCUACAGUCUGACCUCUUUGGUGUUGACCAACAACACUGUUUUUUUAUAAGACGUAUACAUAGCACAAGACAAACGGACUGAAACGAGUGGAGUGAUUUUUCUUUUGUUUAUUUCCCUAAAAGUUCCAUAAAAUGGAAUUACUUAAUGAUGCUCGAGCUGGACACUGCUGUUGCACACACCAUACCUCUCUUUAACUCUCUCUCACUCCUUUACUCCCUCCUAAUCUUUCUCCCCCUUCCCUUCCUCCCUCCCUCCUUCUCCUUCUCUUUCUAUCUGAGGAGGCUACCUGUUCCUCAAUUGCAAAGGUACUUUGAGGUGUUUGAACUGUAGGAUAUUUAGAAACUACCUAUGCAUGUUUAUAUUGUCAAGCUAGGAGAAAGGUUGUUCGUGUAAAAUGACUUAUAACAGUUUUUUUUGUUUGUUUAAUAAAAAAAAUCUGUCUUUGA